AUAAAUCGCAGGAGAUGGGCGUCAGCCGGUAGAUGAUGGUCUUGUUCUUGUGUCACGAUAUCCCUUGUCCCGGCGUCAAACCUGACAGUUGUUAGAUCGCGAGCAGACGACAAGUAUCGCACCUUCAAACGUCACCACGCGUGAAGCUGGUGCCGCCCUCCCCUGCCUUCUACUACAACUCUUCUCAACUUUUACACCAUCCUUCCAGACUAUUCGCUGGCCAGCAAAAAUGGCGUUCAAUCUCACCUACCACAACAUUCUGAACAACAACAUCCGGCAUGUCUACUACGGCAAGCCUCUUAAUCUACACUACCGACAGUCCAGCGAGUAUCCCAACAUGGAUCAGCUUCGCAAACGGCGCGAGGAUCAGCUGCUGAAGAACUACGUCCUGCGCAUGUCGGAGUUCUGGUCGGACUACCAUUGCCUCAUCCCACGCGCUUCCGCUUUCCGGGUCCUGUCGCGCCACCUGGUAGACGACAUCGUCAAGCGCUUGUAUGAGCCGCCGCCCACGAACACCUCCAGAAGCAUCGAGGCGAGGAAGAGCCGAGAGAAGGGGUCAGAGGUCAAAAGGAAGACCCUGUCGAGGGAGCAGAGGGACGAGGUCUUCAAGCGGGUAUUGAGGCCUACGGCUAUCAGCACGAUACGAGAGCAUCCGCCACAACGUCUGGUGGCAAUGGGGCUGAACUUCGAGUAUGUGAAGGAUGACACCGACGUCUGAUGACAAGGGAAGCAUUGACUGCUGACCUCUCAGUCAGUGAUGUCAAAAUAGUUGCCUUAUCCCCCUCCACCUGCUUAAUUGUGAGAUCGUUCAGUGGCCAGCAGUUUCCCUCUGUCAAUUAACUGAUGUGUUUAAAUAUAUAUUAAUGCUGUUUUUAUGUUCUAGCUUUGUUGCUUGCAUUUUAAUAAAUCUUUAAGAAGUUUUGGGGUAGGACUGUAAUGGAAUCUUCUGCAUAUGGCAUUAAAGUGAUGAAUGGAAAUUUUAGACACCGAUGCACGAUCUCAAGUUAUUCAUAUAUAUAUAUAUAUCUCCACUGUAUGAAAUAAGGUGCUCAGGCAGAUCUCAUCUUUGCCAUUAACAUCACAGUAGAAAUCUGUAUAUAGACCUCCGAUCAGUGAACUAAACGAACAAGCCCACGAAGUUGUAAAUGGUGUUUUCUCAAAAUCACAAUCUUACAGUGUGUGUGUCUUGCCUGUGAUUGCACGCUCGUUUAUGCACAACCCUGUGAACACUUAGUGGAUCUCACUGCAAUUUUUGUGGACAUUCAAAAACCCUAUGCUGAAAACAAAAGCACAAAAAAAAUAAGGGGAAUGCACCUCUUCUGCUACUCUUUACUUUAACGAUAUUUCAUUCUGCAUAUAAAUAUUCGAACAGCAAUAACUGAUCCAACAAGUCGUGUUUUCUUGACUGUGUCAAUAUGGUAAAUACUUAAUGUGCUGAGCUGGCACACGUAGUUACUGGCACAGACUUACAGUUCACAUAACAUUCUGUUUGUAUGCUUUUUUUACACAUGUAAUGAGAAAAUGAGCCAAAGAAAAUUUGGUAUAUUUCUCUUCAAAUUUAAAUUACAUUAACUCCUGCAUCCUUGUUGCCCCUCUGUCGAUUGCUGCUUCCAAUAAUUCCACCAACCCCAAACUUCCUGCUAUAGUCUUAAUAGAAGACAUGUCAGCUUAAAAAAGCAUGGUUGCUUCAAACAGGCACACAUCAUCUUCAUCACCAACGAUUGCACUUCAGAAUAAGUAUUUAUUGAAAAAUACAUUUUUGGAAGUUAAUAAACAGUGUCUAUGAAGCUCAAACAGUGUCUAACAUCAUCAUCACCAUGAAAAAGGAAUGUAUCUAAGUGGAAACAUAUGUACAUCGAAGGUGUAAAGUCCAACAGUUCAGAAUGUUGUAUGCAAAGCAUUCAAAUGUAAAUACAUAUAGUAUUAAAACAACGUUUGUUAAGUUGUUGUGAACAUCUGCUACUUAAAGAUCCAGAUUGCUGACCAUGUUUUGUGAGCAAAAAUUUGGUGUUUCCAAUUGCAAGUUAAAUAACUUUCAACACACUGAAGUAUUCCAAAAUGAUAAAAUUAUGAAUGACACAAAUGUAUGUUUUUACUGCAGCAAAUAUCUUCCUCCACACAACCAUGUUUAAGAUUUAACCCUCUGUUUGAAGAGAAAAUUCACUAACAUGCAUGCUCAAAUAUACAAAAAAUGUCUGAAUUUCACUCAAAAGUCUUCUAAUUAAAGUGCACUUAUAUUUGAACACAUUAACUUUUUCAAGGCAUGGAAAUGUCCAAAAGCAAACUGUUAAUGCUUAUAUGGAUGUUUGUACAAGCAGUAUGGGUGAGGUGUACAUGCACUGACUCUCUUCUGGGUCAGGCUUAAAACACUGAUUUCCCUGUCAAAAAAGAAAAAAACCCCAAGCCUAGUUCCUGUGAGUUGCUAUUGUUGAAUAGAACACAAAAUCAUGGAUUUCGCUUGUAAUAAAAACUUUCAGUUGGUAAUACUGGAUCAGCUGACAAAUUAUUUGAAUGCACCAAAACAUCUAAAUGUCAUAGACUUUUGGUUGAAUAAAUGGAAAACUAGAUCACAUUUGUCAGACUGCUAAUACUUUGCAUACCUGACAAAACAUCUAGCUACA